UAAGAAUUUACCAUCCCCCACCCUCAUCAUAUUCACUUGGUUUUGCAUUGUCUGGCUUAUUAUAUCCUAUCAUGUGAUAUUUCUCACUCUAUAUAUGACAGAUUCAGUUGACUUAAAAAACUCCAAAAUUGCCUACGUACACAUGCAGUUUAAAAACAAACCUUUCUCCUUCUCCUCCUGAAUUCCCAACCCUUCUCUACCUCCACUUCUCUAACCCAUGAUGGGAAGCCUAGAAAUACAAACACCAUACUCCACCACCACCACCGACACAAAACUCCCUGACCCAGAAAAACCCACCGCGGCCGACGACGCCGAUGACGUUUCGCCCAUUGAGGAGGUCCGGCUAACCGUUAGCAACACCGACGAUCCGACCCUUCCAGUAUGGACCUUCAGGAUGUGGUUCCUGGGCUUGCUAUCGUGUGGCCUUCUUUCUUUCCUAAACCAAUUCUUUGCUUACAGAACAGAACCUCUCGUGAUCACCCAAAUCACCGUCCAAGUAGCUACACUUCCUAUCGGCCAUUUUUUGGCUUCUGUACUGCCCAAAACCAAGUUCAGGAUCGCUGGGUUCGGGUCAAAAACAUUUUCUUUAAACCCGGGUCCAUUUAACAUGAAGGAGCACGUACUUAUUUCCAUAUUUGCCAACGCAGGAAGUGCAUUUGGAAGUGGAUCUGCUUAUGCUGUGGGUAUUGUUACUAUUAUUAAAGCUUUUUAUCAAAGGAAAAUAUCUUUCUUUGCUAGUUGGAUUCUCAUUGUCACUACUCAGGUGCUAGGAUAUGGGUGGGCUGGUCUGCUGAGGAAGUAUGUGGUGGAACCUGCUCACAUGUGGUGGCCUAGCACUCUGGUUCAGGUCUCACUCUUCAGGGCCUUGCCCGAAAAAGAUGAUAAAGGUCAAGGCAUGACACGAGCAAAGUUCUUCCUAAUUGCAUUAGUUUGCAGUUUUUCCUGGUAUGUAGUUCCAGGCUACCUAUUCACAACACUCACAAGCAUUUCAUGGGUCUGCUGGGUGUUUUCGAAGUCCGUAACAGCACAGCAACUUGGCUCAGGCAUGAGAGGCCUUGGACUCGGAGCUUUCACACUUGAUUGGUCUGCUGUAGCAUCCUUCUUGUUCAGCCCACUCAUUAGCCCUUUCUUUGCCAUUGUCAAUGUUGCUAUUGGCUAUGUGCUGAUACUCUACAUUGCCAUUCCUGUUGCUUAUUGGGGCCUAGACUUGUACAAUGCACACAGAUUUCCUAUAUUCUCCUCGCACUUGUUUACAGCGCAAGGCCAGAAGUAUAAUAUACCAGCUAUUGUCAAUGACAAGUUUGAGCUUGAUCUGCCGAAGUAUGAUGAGCAAGGAAGAAUUCAUUUAAGCAUGUUUUUUGCUCUUACUUAUGGCUUUGGUUUCGCCACCAUUGCAUCUACCCUUAUGCAUGUUGCUCUCUUCUAUGGAAGGGAGAUACUCGAGCGAUAUCGUGCUUCUAGCAAGGGCAAGGAGGAUAUUCACACCAGAUUGAUGAAAAGAUACAAGGACAUACCUGCCUGGUGGUUUUACUUGUUGCUGGCUGUGAGUCUUGCUGUUUCGCUUCUUCUCUGCAUAUUCUUAAAUGAUCAGGUUCAAAUGCCAUGGUGGGCACUUAUAUUUGCAAGCGCUAUGGCUUUCUUCUUCACUCUUCCAAUAAGCAUCAUAACUGCCACAACAAACCAGACACCAGGGCUAAACAUCAUCACAGAGUAUGUUAUGGGUAUCAUAUAUCCAGGAAGACCAAUAGCCAAUGUAUGCUUCAAAACCUAUGGUUACAUAAGCAUGGCUCAGGCUGUCUCCUUCCUAAACGAUUUCAAGCUAGGACACUACAUGAAGAUCCCUCCAAGAUCAAUGUUCUUGGUUCAGUUCAUAGGAACUAUGCUUGCUGGAACCAUCAACCUUGCAGUCGCAUGGUGGCUACUAAACUCCAUUACUAACAUAUGCCAGGAUGAUCUGCUUCCCCCUAACAGUCCUUGGACAUGCCCGGGUGAUAGGGUCUUCUUUGAUGCAUCUGUCAUAUGGGGUUUGGUGGGACCUAGACGGAUCUUUGGAAGUCUUGGAAACUAUCAAGCCAUGAAUUGGUUCUUCCUUGGAGGUGCAGUUGGACCGAUAAUAGUUUGGCUAUUGCACAAGUCAUUCCCAAGGAAAUCGUGGAUUCCUCUGAUUAACCUUCCAGUUCUUCUAGGAUCAACUGGAAUGAUGCCUCCAGCUACAGCAGUAAACUAUAACUCCUGGAUCAUAGUUGGAACAAUUUUUAAUUUCUUUGUCUUCCGAUACAGGAAGCAGUGGUGGCAGAGGUACAAUUACAUUCUUUCAGCAGCGCUGGAUGCAGGGGUGGCUUUCAUGGCAGUGCUACUGUACUUUUCACUGGGCAUAGAAAAUAGAAGUUUAACUUGGUGGGGCACGGAUGGUGAACACUGUGAUUUGGCAUCUUGUCCAACAGCCAAAGGGAUAGAUGUUGCUGGCUGUCCAGCAAACUAAUGCCGGUGCAGGUUUGCAUGUUUCUAAUUAAAUUGUUGCACAGGAUAGAUUCAGCGGUAAAACAAAAUUAGGAUCAUUAUGGAACUAUAGAAGUGGAGAAACUAUUGCAACCAAAGGUUUCAUAUGUAUAACAACUAUUACCAGAAAGUCAGCUUUAUGUACAAAUUCACUGUUAUGAAUUUAAUUUUUCAAUCGGAUGUGUAAGAAGUGUAUUAUAAAUUA